AUGCCGUUGACCCUCCGCCUCCUGCUGCUGCUGCUGCUCCCGGGGGCUGCAGCCACCCUGCCCCUGGGGGACAGCUUCCCCGGCACAGACAGCAGGCACCUGCAGGAAAUGACAGAAAUAAAGAAAAACGGCCUCUUGACUUUCUUAGAUUGGUGGAACGAGUGGAGCCCCCAGGCCGGGGCAGUGCCCUUCGUAGGCGGGGAGACCAGGAAGGUGACUAAGCGGCAGGAUAGCCUGCCCCCUCGGCAGAGCACGCGCCCAGAGAAGUCUCCCUGCAAAAAUUUCUUCUGGAAGACCUUCUCCUCCUGCAAGUAA